AUGCAACCUGAUUUCAUUUUUUAUGGAAUUAAUGGUGGUCCAACAGCUUUAUAUCAAUUACCACAACCUAAUAUUUAUUUAUUUUGGUUAGUAGGAUCAGGAAAUGGUAAUGUAAUUUUAUUAUCUACUAAAUUAAAACAAAAUUUGGGUAUUAUAUAUAAUGGAAGUUCUAUAAAAGGAGAAAGUGAAAUUUGUCCAAUUAAUGAAAUUUCUAGUACUUUUGUUAAAGCUACUACUAAUGAUUUAUUAUAUGAUGUUUGGAUUCAUCAACGAUCAUAUGGUUUAAUUAAUAUAGAGUUAACAAUUACUGGAUCAACAGAGACAUUCUUUACAUAUAAAUGUAUUGAAAGAAAACAUAUCAAUAUAAAAUGUUAUGGUUUUUUAAAAUUUUUAACAUUUAAUGAUAAUAUAUUUGUUAUUGAUCAUCUUGACAAUUUGUGUAUAUUUAAUUCACUUGAUGAUAAUUUAGAUUUUGACAAAACUUUAGUUAAUUUAAAUAGAGAUAAAUAUGGAAUACCUUUAGUUAUGAAAAAGAUUAGAGAAAAUUAUUUGAUUAUUGGAACAGAUGGUGGAUAUCUUCUUUUUAUUGAUAUUAAAAUUAAAAAAAUUAUAUUUUUUAUGAAACAAGAGAAGAUAUCACCAAUAUUUGGUAUUGACAUUUAUAAUGAUAAAAUAAUUGUCGGAACAAGAAGUCAAAAAUUUUGGAUUGGGAAUUUUAGUGAUAUAUUAAAUAAUAUUUCAGAUGAAAUAUUAUAUACAACAAUACCCUCAGAGAUUCCAUCUAAAUUGACAAAUUUAAUAAUUGAACCUAAAAAUGGAAAAUUUUUUGUUGUUACAUGUACUGAUGGAAGAUUUUUUUUUUGUAAAGAAUCAAAAAACAACGAAAAAAGUGCUAAACCAUUGAAAGAAAUUAAUUAUAGUAAAUCAACAAUAUCUUCAAUAUCUUGGGAAUCAAACGACGACAUAAGUGCUUUUAAUUUAUUAGUUGGUUUGAGAGAAGAAUCCAAACUUUGUUAUUGGAAAUUUUCCUAG